AUGGCUACCCCGAGACGGCCAAGCGGCGCACGCCCAAACCCUUCUUCGUCUCGUCCAGCUCCCCCUCCUCCCCAGCUCAGCAUCCCCGAGGGCAAUGUCCCCGGCAUCAACGUCGACCAGGCAGGCCUUGGCGGCUGGCAACAACCGUCCCCGCUCCCGUCCUUGGCUCUCCGCCCAGGCAGGCCAAUGCCCAGUUUGUCUGCUGGCCCAUCGGCGCGUCCCAAGCUCAAGCUGCCGCUCGGUGCGCCGCGCGCAGCCACCGCCCCCGCGUUGCCAACGCUCGCUGGUUUGGAUAGUGCCGAGCCGGCCGCUUCGUUGACACCGACCCUCUCUGCGACCCUGGCACCGCCGCCAGGCGCACCAGGCCGACCGCGUAUGAACACACCUCGCAUCAGUACGCCAGCCCUCAAGCUGGCUAUCCCAGCCGGCGGAGGCGGUGGGUCUGCUUUCAUGGCGCAGGACGAGGACGAGGGGUCCAGCCAGCUCCGCACACCUGUCCCCGGUGAGGACUGGGACGCGACGGUGCACGCGCACAGCUAUGGCGCCGGAGCCAGCGGCAGCCGACUGGCACCAACUGGCCACGACGACUUUGGCGGCGCCGACCAAAUGACCGCCAUGACCAACGAAGUGCGUAGGGCAAUGAGUCGCAUGACCUUUGAGAGCAGUCCGGCUCCGAGCAUCGGUGGACGGUCGCGUUCCGGAUCCAACGCGAGCAGCUUUAUGGAACGUCGCGAAUCGUCCAACUCGUUGAAUCCCGCCGACGACCUCCGCCAGCUGCGGGCACUUUCGAUCGGUACGCCGACGCGCGACUUGAACAGCGAUGGGUCCCGUCCCAACUCUAUUCACGACACUGAGGACUUGACACGGCUGGGUUCCGACCUGACGCUCGUGCGCCGCCUGGGUGAAGGAGCUGGUGGCUCGGUCGACCUCGUCUGCAGCGCCCGUGACGGACGCGUCAUGGCUCGCAAGGUCAUUGCCCGCACCGCCAACCCAUCGAUGCACAAGCAAGUACUCCGCGAGCUCGAAUUCCUGUCCACCACCAACUCGCCUUUCAUUGUCGAGCACUACGGCGCCUUCCUGGCUGAGCAAGACACUCAGAUCUGCAUUCUUAUGGAGUACUGCGAGGCUGGAUCACUCGACUCGCUGCUGGGACACAUGAAGGACCAGGGUAUCAUCUGCUCGGAACAUGUUCUGGGUCGUAUCGCCUCGUCGGUUCUGCGUGGUCUCGACUAUCUUCAUGAGCGCCGUAUUAUCCACCGCGACAUCAAGCCGUCCAACAUUCUCAUUACGCGCCAGGGCGCCAUGAAGCUUUGCGACUUUGGCGUCUCGGGAGAACUCGUAGACUCGGUUGCUGGCACGUUUACAGGCACAUCCUACUACAUGGCACCCGAGCGUAUCCUUGGCAAGCCAUACACUAUCAAGUCGGACGUUUGGUCUCUGGGUCUCACUCUCCACGAGGUCGCUCACCUCCGCUUCCCUUUCCCUCCCGAAGGAGAGAGCCAAAACGUUGCCCCCAUUGAGCUGCUGUCGUACAUUGUCACCGCUCCUGUGCCGUCCAUGAACGACAACCCGUCCAUCGGCCACGCCUGGACCGCCGAAAUCAGGGACUUCCUGGCCAAGUGUCUCAUUCGUGACGGUCAAGAACGACCAUACCCUCGCGAACUCCUCACGCACCCGUUCAUCGUCCGGUCCGAGACCAAGAACGUCAACAUGGCGAAAUGGGUGGCCAUGCUUGUCCCUUCGCUGUCCCAGUCUUAG